UUUUAAUCUCUCCAACUUCAAGUUUUUGUAUUGGCUUCAAUUUUAUUAUUAUAUAUUAGUUUAACUGUAUUAUUGUUUUAGAGCCCUCCGGCAAUCCCCUUGAAAAAAACAAACGUCCCGUACUUCCGUACAACCUUGGAGACAACCAAUCAGCUCGACUCCCAGCUACGCUAGCUUAGCUCUGGCAAAACAACAGCCCGUCUUCAGUUUCGAUCUUUUUUUCCGCGACAUCGCAACCGAGAUAAUAAAAAAAAAAAUGUUAUAUUAGUCAAAAAGCGUGUUGUUGGUAGACGAGAGGUGUGUUGCGGCGGCGGUCUUGUCUGAAGUCAAAGCUAAUUUGAGCUUCUGACUCGCCGUUAGCAUCUAGCUAGCCGUAGCUAAAUAUCUGCUAUCUUGUGGAGGAAGAUGGGGUCUAUUCUGAGUCGCAGGAUCGCUGGUGUUGAAGACAUCGAUAUCCAAGCUAACUCGGCCUAUCGGUUUCCUCCUAAAUCUGGGAAUUACUUUGCAAGCCACUUCUUCAUGGGAGGGGAGAAGUUUGACACACCACAUCCAGAGGGAUACCUCUUUGGGGAAAACAUGGACCUGAAUUUUCUUGGAAAUAGGCCAGUGCAGUUUCCAUAUGUGACGCCCGCUCCCCACGAACCAGUGAAAACCCUGAGGAGUUUGGUUAAUAUUCGGAAGGACUCCUUGCGUUUAGUCAGGUACAAAGAUGACUCUGAUCCAUUGGUGGAAGAUGGCGGGAAACCUAAGGUUCAGUACGGAGUGGAGUUCACAUUUGAUGCUGACGCCCGGGUCGCCAUCACCCUCUUCUGUCAGGCAUUUGAGGAGUUCUCCAACGGCAUGCCUGCGUACACUCCAAAGGAUCCAACCUUGGUUUCUGAAACGGUCCAUUACAAGCGGGGGGUAAAUCAGCAGUUCUCCAUGCCAUCUUUCAAAAUAGACUUCAGCGAGUGGAAAGAAGAAGAUCUGAACUUCGACCUGGACAGAGGAGUGUUUCCCAUGGUCAUCCAGGCGGUUGUCGAUGAAGGAGAUGAUUGUCUUGGACACGCUCAUGUACUUUUGGCAGCCUUUGAAAGACAUGUUGAUGGAAGUUUUUCUGUCAAGCCUCUGAAGCAGAAGCAGAUUGUGGACCGUGUGAGCUACCUCUUGCAGGAGAUCUAUGGGAUUGAGAACAAGAACAACCAAGAAACCAAGCCAUCUGAUGAUGAGAACAGUGACAACAGCAAUGAGUGUGUUGUGUGUUUGUCUGACUUGCGAGACACACUGAUCCUUCCCUGCAGACACCUGUGUCUGUGCAACUCCUGCGCAGACACCCUGCGUUACCAAGCCAACAACUGUCCCAUCUGCAGGCUGCCUUUUAGAGCCUUGCUGCAGAUCAGAGCUGUGAGGAAAAAGCCUGGAGCUCUUUCACCGGUGUCUUUCAGUCCCGUUCUGGCUCAAACUAUGGACCAUGACGAGCAUUCGAGCACAGACUCUGUUCCUCCUGGUUUUGAACCCAUCUCUCUGUUGGAGGCCCUGAACGGUCUGCGGUCUGUGUCUCCUGUCGUCCCUUCUGCCCCACUGUACGAUGAAAUCAACUUCUCUGAGGGGCUGGGAGGAGACGGUCGACCACUUAGCUCCCCAGAACAUUUAAGUGAUGGAGGUUUGCAGAAAGGCAAAGUCAGCAAGUCACCUGACAGCACCCUUCGAUCACCUUCUUCUCCCAUCCAGGAGGAGGAUGAGGAGAAGCUGUCUGAGAUGUCGGAUGCUCAGCCGCACACCUUUCUCUCCAGCAGCCCCGCCCCCACAGACGCCACGGCGACGGAGGACGCGGCAGAGUCGCUCUCUCCAGAUGAUGAGGACAGGAUGCAUUCUGCAGGAGACAUUCUGCAAGACUGCAGCAGUGAGCACUGCAUGUUGACCAAAGCUGAGAGCGAUCCGGCGGGCGACCUGUCUCUUCCUGCUCUAGGUCCCGAUUCCUGCUCUAUUGGUGUGGAGGAAUAACUGGAUCAUCGGAGUCAACAGAAAGCCUGAAAAGUGAGAGCACCAACUGCUCCAGCCAGCCUCUUCUGUGUCCCACCAUGAACCUCCAUAUGGAAGAUGAACACCUGAACCCCUGACUGAAACCACCAACCCUCUCAUUCCUGUCACUCAACAUUUCCUGCCCUGAUGUGGACAGAAAAGAGCGUUUUCCUUGAUUUUGGAGGAAAUUUGUUUCAGUGUUCACGUCGUAAGACUCCUGUGAAGAUGCUUCGGACUGAGAAAGAUGUGUUUUCUUAACAUUUGAAAAGAUUUCGCCAACUUUUUCUUUGUUUGUUUGCCUCAGUCAGUCAGACCAGCGCUCCUCUAAUUCCACUACCUUUGACGGUGGUGCUUUAAAGCACACUUACUUUACAUUUCCUGUACACAUUUCUUGACACUAAAAGUAAAAAAUAACUUAUAAAUACAGUUUGUGGUUAAAUAUUGUAUCCAGUAGUGAAUCAUAAGUAUAAUUUAAGGCAUUUUUGUUUAGCCCUUACAGGUUUAUGACCUCCAAAAAAAACACCUUUUGAGUUCAUUUUGAACAAAAUUAUUGAGAAAUCAUUCCUUUUAAAAAGUGUAUUUGAAGAAUUUCUGUGCUUUGCUGUUUUAAACAUAGUCUGUUGAACCAUUGUGUAUCUAUGUAAGAUAUUUACUAAAAUCCUCUGCUUAAAAAUGUAUUCUUGCAUAAUAUGUAGGAAAAAAACUGAUAAUGAAGUAACUAUAACUUGCAGAAUGUUUCACAUUUUUAUGACAAGAACUGCAGAUUACCAUCCUAACAGCUAAAAUCAAAGAUCGCUGAAGCCUGAAACCAGCUUAUAGAUAGAUGCUCCACCUUCUCAAAAGCAGCACAGCCAGCGCGUUUGUCUUCGAUGUGUCUGAUCUCUGUCCAGUUUUUCUUUUGGUUUUUAAAUGUUGCUGCAAAAACUGUUUGGUAUGACAUAGUGGCAAAGUUGGGGGUCGCAUUCGUUUGGGCGGGGCAGCUUUAUCUACUUUGGUCUUUUAUGUGUAGCACCAUGCAUAUAGAUCUAUGUGCCUUGAAAUAAUAUGGCUGCCUGCCUGCUUGUGGAAACAGACAUUAGUGUUCUUCAUUCUUCAGUUUCAAUACAUAAAUGGUUUCUGACGCUCAUGUACAGAGCGUUUUCUUUUUUUGUGUGUAAUCUUUAUAAUGCCCAGAUAAUAACAACGCAUCUCAUUAGUGUUAAUGAAUUAAACAAGUUAAACCAUGAAGUUACUUUACUAUGACGAGUUAAAAGUGAUGCAUUUAAUAUCUGUAUCUAGUUCAGGUGCAAUCUUGUAAUAUUUGUGUUACUGAAAGAAACCUUGCAGAGUUUGCAUUGUAAUGAGUUGGCUUGCAUUUGCUUGUGAGUUGAGACCCCCCCCCCUUCUUUUCUGCUUUUUAAUAAUGCCCCCCCCUUUUUUUCUGUGCCAUUUCAACUUGACACUGUGCCUUCCUGUUCUGACCACUGUCAACCUGGUAUCCAGGAUAACUCCUCAGUAGGUGGUGUCCUAUCUCACCGUCUCUCUCUGUGUAUAGACGCAUGUGUAGAACAAUAAAGAAACAUUCAGUAUCCCAA